UGGGCUCCAGUCAGUGCACAACCGCCAUAACCGAACGUUCGGUCGAUGACGUGCCGUAUAUACCACCGCCCGUUUUCGUUGCCACUUGUUUAUGUGAUAUUAUUUUCUUAUCUUUAAACGAAAAUAUAUUUUUUUUUUCAAAAGUAAAUUCGCCAGGGUUUUGUUUCGUUUUAGUUUUUAAUCUAUCGCGAGUUUUUUUUUGUGCCGUUCGCGCGUGUGUGUGUGUAUUAAUGUGUGGUUACGUUAUAAUAGAAACGGUGUGAAGGCGUUAAACCAAUAAUAUAUAACACAUAACGUAGCUGUUAUCGCGACGAAAAUUACAGCUUUCGGUAGUGCGCGGCUUUCGUCCACGACGUGAACGCGAUAUCCGAUUAUAUAUUAUACAGUAUAGCUCUUAGAUUUGGAUUACUCGAAAAGACUUGCACACGUUUUGCCGGCUAAACCACCGGCAGAACCGUUUACGCGCCCGGAAAUCGCUAUUGGAUUAACAGGAGAUUUGCAGAAAUGCGGUGAUAAUGGCACUGUUGCGAUGGUGGUGGCUGCUGGCCGUGGCCGCUGCCGUGGCCGGCGAGCACGAACGGCACCUGGAGGUGUCCGAGUCGACGCCGGUAGGCACCCGGAUCGGUUUCAUCGGCGACGGUUCCAAGGACAGCGGUCCGCCGUACCUGAUCGUGCCGGUCCCGGGUAGCGCGGUCGACACGGACUUGAUUACCGACCAGAACACGGGCGAGAUCCGGACGCGCGUACCGUUGGACAGGGAGACGAGAGCGUCGUACACGCUGGUAGCCAUCCCGCUCAGCGGCGACAACGUGCGCGUGGUGGUCCGGGUGUUGGACGACAACGACAACGCGCCCACUUUUCCCAGUGGCCACAUGCGAGUGGAGUUUCCGGAGAACACGCCCAGGGAUGUGAAACGUACGUUGAACCCGGCCAGGGACGCGGACCUCGGCCAGUACAACACGCAGAGGUACGCCAUCGUUUCCGGCAACGUGAAUAACGCGUUUAGGUUGUCGUCGCACCGCGAAAAGGACGGCGUGCUCUACCUGGAUUUGCAGAUCAACGGCUACUUGGAUAGGGAGACCACGCCGGCUUACGGGCUGGUGAUUGAAGCUUACGACGGAGGCGUGCCACCGCUCAAGGGCACCAUGACGGUAAACGUAACGAUAUUGGACGUCAACGACAACCAGCCGAUGUUCAACCAGAGUCGAUACUACGGCAUCGUACUUGAAAACGCCACCGUGUCUACGAGCAUAUUGCAGGUGUUCGCCGCAGACGUGGACGACGGCGACAACGGCGUCGUAGAGUAUUCAAUAAACAGGCGGCAGAGCGACAAGGAAGGCUUUUUCGCUAUCGACAAGCGCACGGGCGUCAUUUCGGUAAACAAGCCGCUCGACUACGAGGCAAAGGAGGUGCACGAACUCGUAGUGGUGGCCAAAGACAGGGGCGAUCAGCCGCUGGAGACGACGGCGUUUGUGACGGUUCGCGUGACCGACGUUAACGACAACCAGCCGGACAUCAACGUGAUAUUCCUAAGCGACGACGCGACGCCCAAGAUAUCGGAACGCGCGCAACCCGGAGAGUUCGUGGCCCGCAUAUCCGUGCACGAUCCCGACUCCAAGGAAGAGUACUCCAACGUGAACGUGACCCUACACGGCGGCGACGGACACUUCGGGCUAACCACCCAGGACAACAUCAUUUACUUGGUCAUCGUUGCCCUGCCCUUGGACAGGGAGUCCCGGCCGAAUUACACGCUGAGCGUCGUAGCCACGGACACGGGCAGUCCGCCGUUACACGCGUCCAAAACGUUCCAUCUGCUCGUCACGGACGUCAACGACAACCGGCCGGAAUUCGGCAGCUCCGAGUAUUGGGCCAGCGUGUCCGAGUCAGCGGAACCCGGCACGUCGGUAGUGCGGGUGGCCGCGGCCGACAAAGACGAGGGCGACAACGCGCAGUUGACGUACAAAAUGCGCGAGCCACCGCCCCAGUGGUUCCAAGUGGACGCCACGACCGGCUUGAUCGCUACCAAGGCGCACAUGGACUGCGAGAGGGAUCCCGAACCCACUUUUGUCGUGUUGGCCAUCGACAACGGACGGCCGCAGUUGACCGGCACGACCACCGUACACGUCACCAUACACGACCUCAACGACAACGAACCCAUAUUCGAUCAAAGCUUCUACAAUGUGGACGUUUCCGAAGACCGACCUGUGGGCACUUGCAUACUAAAGGUGUCCGCCUCGGAUCCGGAUUGCGGUGUCAACUCGAUGGUGAACUUCACGUUGUCUGAAAACAGUGGUCCGUUUUCUAUUAGAUCCACGACGGGCGAAAUUUGCCUGACUGGGCCUUUAGAUUUUGAGACCAGAAGACUUUACGAGUUCCCGGUGGUGGCCACAGACAGAGGUGGCUUAAGCACUAGUGCCGUAGUCAAAGUGGAUGUUCUAGACGUCAACGACAACUGGCCGGUGUUUUCACCUUCCGAAUACAACGUUUCCGUCGUAUGGAGUGCCAGCAAUCAGGGUCCGAUCGUGGCCGUCCGCGCCAAAGACUUGGACUCCGGUCCGUUCGGCAUCGUCUCUUAUUACAUGAUAUCGGCCAAAGGACCCGACAGCGAAGACUCGGAAACUUCAUUUAGGUUAGAUGGCAACACAGGCGAAAUUUGGGCUGCACAACUCCGCACCGGUGUCUACAGACUGCUGGUAGCGGCCAGGGACGGUAGUGGAUACGAAGCAGCCCAAGUUGCCCGAGUCCGAAUCCAAGUGCUGGCGGCAGACUCUGCCAAAUCUUACGCUGUGUUCGUCCGGUCUCAGUACACGUUCACCGUGCCCGAAGAUGCGGCCAUAGGAACCACUGUGGGUGCAGUCACCGUGUCUUCCCAUCAAUCAGACGUAGAAGUUCCCGAAUCCGUGACUUAUGCGAUUCAUUCGGAUGAGGCGGACGGGUAUUUCGCAAUAGACCCUGUGAAAGGAACGAUCAAGACGACGGCGGCGUUGGACCACGAAUCGUUCAAAACGGUUCUGCUCAACGUCAAAGCCUACUCGGAGACCAACAAAUAUUAUGGCGCACACACCCAAGUAAACGUGAUCAUCGAAGACCGAAACGACAACUCACCACGCUUCGACUCGAGUUCUGUGCGGAUAGCUGUGCCAGAAAACGUGGCCACCGCCUCGGCCAUAUACACCGCGCACGCUUUCGACCCUGAUUCCGGUGCCAACGGGGAAGUUCACUACGAGAUCGUGGCUUCGGCACAGGAACCUUCGUACUUCAUGGUGGACUACAACCGGGGUACAAUCAGCCUGAUCCACGGUUUGGACUACGAAGCGGUUCACAGGCUGACCGUGACGGUGGUGGCAAAGGACUCGGGAGUGCCGGCUCUGUCCGACAACAUGACCCUGUUGAUCGACGUGCAAGACGUCAACGACAACCCGCCGGUAUUCGAACGACCCCAUUAUGCGGCCACCAUCCUCGAAUCGUUGCCGGUCAACUCGCAGAUAGUGCAGGUGACUGCGUUGGACGGCGACAGCGGCAACAACGCUAGGGUCACGUACAAAGUGUCCAGCGGCGACGGCGGCUCUCUGGACGUGCACCCUAACACGGGAUGGGUAUACGUCAAAGCUCCGCUGGACCGGGAAACUCGGGACACGUACGAGCUGACCGUGGUGGCUGCUGACAACGGAUCCCCCGGGCCCCUGGCCACGACCGUGGUGGUAAUUGUCACCGUGGCCGACGUCAAUGACAACGAUCCAGAAUUCGACAGGGAUCACUACGAGUUCCACGUGGAAGAGAACCGACCGGUCGCCACCGUGUUCGGGACCGUGUCGGCCACCGAUCGGGAUGCCGGCGACAACGCUCUAGUUCGGUACUCACUGUUGCCAACCAACUCCAGCUUCAACAUCAACCUGUAUUCCGGCGAACUCAGCACCAAAGAACCGUUGGACCGGGAAACACGGGCCUGGCACGAGGUGAUCGUCGAGGCCAGGGACCAGGACGGCGGGGUCAGGGGUCGCAGCAAGCGCGUUAAGGUCAAGGUCAUCGUGACGGAUGUCAACGACAACGCUCCCGUCAUCGUGGACCCACAACAAGACGUGGUGGCCGUUCGAGAGCAACAACCACCUGGGAUCGAAGUGGUCACAGUCAAAGCCACCGACCCCGACCAGGGCAACAACGCCACGCUCACCUAUUCCAUCCUCAAAGGUCGCGAUUCGGACGGCAACGGCGAAUUCUUCAUCGACCGCAUCACCGGCGUCAUAAGAACCAAAGUGUCGCUGGACCACGAAGAGAAAUCUAUGUACAGGCUGUCAGUGGCAGCCACGGAUAACGGGCACCCGCCCAAGCAGACCGUGCGAAUGCUCAGGGUAGAAGUGUUGGACCUAAACGACAACCGGCCAACGUUCACCAGCUCCAGCCUCGUGUUCCAGGUAAAGGAAGACGUACCGAUCGGAAGCAUAGCCGGCCGUAUAGCCUGUUCGGAAAGCGCAGGUGCCGCUUCGGCGGGUCGCGGCCAAGUCAAGUACACGCUCAGGCAUUCGGACGUCAGCCAACAGGUGUUCGACCUAGACCGAAGCACGGGCGCUCUGAUCGUCGCCGGCAGGGUGGAUAGGGAGGCCAAAUCUUUAUACGAGAUGGAAGUACACGCACUCGACACGGGCACCAGCACGAACCCGCAGAGCAGCUCGGUGUCGGUCAGGGUGGAGGUGUUGGACGUCAACGACAACCCGCCCAAAUGGCCUGCCGAUCCAGUCACCCUGCACGUGCCUGAAAACGCCGUAAUCGGAUCGGUUGUGUACAACUUCACCGCUACCGACGCCGACCUGGACGCUAACUCGGAACUCCGGUAUUCCAUCGCACAGCAGUGGCCGGUCCAAGCAUUUUCUCUGGAUCCACUCACUGGAAUGCUCACGCUAGUGGACCAACUAGACUUCGAAGCCGUCGGCGAAUACGUGCUGGCGGUGCGCGCCACCGAUCAGGCGACUAACGUUUCCGAGAGACUGUACGCCGACAUGACUGCCAGGAUAAUCGUGCAGGACGUCAACGACAAUAGUCCUAGGAUCGUGUCACCGACGUUCAAGAAGCUGUACGUGGACGCAUCGACCCGGCCCGGUGACCGGUUGUGUCGCGUGGUGGCCGUCGACGACGAUUUAGAUGAUGGUGGUCGCAUCGUGUACACGAUAAGCGCGGGCAACGAGAAAGGGGUGUUCAACAUCGGGUACGACACGGGCGUGUUGGUGUUGACUAGACCCGCUGACAACGUCAAAGACCACACCCUUAACAUCACCGUUGCCGACAGGGGUACGCCGCCCAGGUACUCGUACAUGAUGCUGGAUGUAACGUUUGCUGCGGCCACCGAUAGGUCCGUGCAGUUUGCCCAAAAGUUCUACGCCGCAAACGUAUCGGAAGACGCGCCCGUCGGCAGUUUCGUAGCCAAAGUGACCGCCAACUCCAACGAUAACAAAAUUUCAUACAGCAUACCAGAAGGUAUAGCUGAAAACUGCUUUCACGUUGACAAAGACCGAGGCAUAGUGACGUUAAAAAGUCGAGUCGAUCGAGAACAGACGUCGCACUAUGUUUUUCCGGUAUACGCGACUGACGAGAUCAAAAUGAUUACGGACGUAGUGACGCUGGAAGUGGGAAUACUGGAUGUCAACGACCAUAGUCCCAAAUUCAAACACGAAUCGUGUCACUCAAUGAUGGUACCAGAAAAUCAAGAGCCGGCCGUCAUACGCACGGUCGCAGCGGUAGAUCCUGAUUGGGGUGCCAACGGUCAGGUCGUGUAUAGUAUCACCGGUGGAAACGGAGGCAAUAGGUUCUAUUUGGAUCCCAAGUCCGGCGAGCUGACGGCGAAGACUCUGGAUCGAGAAGUGCAAGCGAAAUAUCAAUUGACCAUAACGGCUCAAAACCGGGGAAGCACGACCGCUGGACAUUGCAACUUAACAGUGGUUGUCGAAGACGAAAAUGACAACAACCCCGACUUUGAACAGAUCAAAUAUGAAACGGUAUUACUUGAAGACGCGUCCAUCGGCACCAAAGUACUGACAGUCAAAGCUCACGACGUAGACAUGGGCAUGAACGCUAGAAUUACAUAUUCGCUGUCUAACCAAACUGAAAACGUGUUCCAAAUCGACAACAAAACAGGAGUCAUCUACACAGUUGGAAAUCUAGACCGAGAGCGGCAAUCCAACUACUGGUUACAAAUAGUGGCCAGAGACGGUGGCAAAUACAAUCCGAGGUCUUCAACGGCACUGGUCCACGUCAAAGUGUUGGAUGUUAACGACAAUUCACCGAUAUUUUCUAAAUACCCGUUCACGGCCGAAAUUCUAUCUCACGUUCAACCAGGCAUGGACAUCCUACGGAUCUCUGCGACGGACAAGGACGAAGGAUCUAACGCCGACGUCCUUUACUCGUUCAAAGAUAAUGAGGCUGGCAAUCGAUUUCGGAUGAACCCGAACACUGGAGUGGUCACGGCGUCGUCUAGCCUUGCCUCGGAAAAUGGUAAAGUAUUCCAUUUAGAAGUUAUAGCAACGGACAAAGGGAACCCGUCGCAGAGUUCAGUGGGUCUUGUGGAGAUCAAAAUCGGUGAACACUUUGAACGGAUCCCGGUUAUGAGGUUCAAGAACUCGACCUAUCACGUUACAAUACCGGAGAAUUUAGAAGUCCACAAGGAUGUACUCGAGAUUUCGGCCUACCGCAGUGACGGGCGUAAGCAAAAAGUGUCCUACAGGUUGGCUCCCGUUAACAACGAAGACGGAUUAUUCUACAUCGAUGAGGAAACCGGCGUUAUCCGGGUCGGUAAGUCCGAAUCACUUGACUUCGAGAGUCACAAGUCUGGCAUACAUCUAGUGGCUAUAGCGCAAACGGAUGCGCCUGCUUCCACGUUUAUGUGGGGCUACGCGGACGUAUGGAUCUAUUUGUCCGAUCUCAACGACAACGGUCCGGUAUUUGCACAAAAGGAGUACAUAGCUACAGUGGCUGAGGGAAAUUCGAAGGGAACUUUCGUCAUGAGAGUGUCUGCUGUGGAUCUCGAUGAAGAUCAAAACUCUAAGUUAUCCUAUCACUUGGUCGACGGCAAUCACGACAAUGCUUUCGUAAUCGAUCCCACUGACUCCGGGAUCGUCAAAACCAAUAUCGUGUUGGACAGCGAGAUAAGAGACUCGUACAAGUUGACUGUGAUAGCGACAGACGAAGGGACGCCACAAAUGACGGGAAUGGCCACUAUCCGAGUGACGGUCAUCGAUGUUAACGAUAAUCGACCUUCGUUUCCGCCACAAAGUACCAUCAGCGUCAAAGAAGGUUUGGAAGUUGGAAGUACAAUAACGACGGUGGUGGCGAACGACGUUGAUACGCAUCCGACGUUGACUUACACGUGGGCAAACUCGGUAGGAAUGACCGACAAGAAACUAUUCGCGUUGGACAGAUACAGCGGACGCAUUCAGUUGAUUGGCGACUUGGAUUAUGAACAGACUCGAUCCUAUCGAUUGGAAAUACUCGUAUCGGACUCGAAACAUACGGCCCAGACGGAACUGUCCAUUUCGGUGACAGACGACAAUGACAACUCUCCAGUUUUCGACCGACCUCAUUAUACUUUUACAAUGACAGAAAACACUUAUGGAGAGUCUUCGAUGCAAGUCAACGCGAGGGACUUAGAUUCCGGCUUGAACGGAAAAAUCAAGUAUAGUUUAGUCGAUGACGUAAAUGGAUUUAGAAUCGAUCAACAAACUGGAAUGAUUACCGCCAACCGUUUGUUAUUCGAUCAAAAACUAAUGAAAAUGGGAUUUGUCGACCUACUGGUUAAAGCUACCGACCAAGGAACCCCACAUCGAUCUACCGUCAUUGCUGUUCGAGCUAACAUAAACGACGUGAUGCAUUCAAGUGUUGUGAAAUUUGCACAAAACGAGUACAGAGUAUCUAUACGGGAGAGCAUCCGUCUAGGAGAACCGUUUUUAAAACUUUUACCCGGCUAUUCGGUAGACGACUCGAUGCAGUUCAACGUGGUCGACGGAGACGAAGAUGACCACUUCGACUUGAUCAGCCCGACUGGAGAACUCAUAGUAAAGAAACCUUUGGAUCGCGAGAGUCGGGACAUAUAUUCACUGCGGAUCAGCGAUCGCAUCAACACCACUUACGUUUACGUUCACGUGAUAGUGGACGACUCUAACGAUAAUGCUCCACGGUUUGUUAGCUCCGAUUAUAGUGUUACCGUCCCGGAAAAUACACCCGUCGGACAUUCGAUUGCAAAGUUAACGGCCAAAGACCUAGACUCGCCUCCGAAAUCCGAUAUAUUCUACGAAAUAACGUCAGGCAAUGGCAAAGAUUAUUUCAACGUCGACAGAAAUACCGGCGAAGUAUUCGUAAAAACCAAUUUAGAUUACGACGUCGACGUUACGGAGCACAGUUUGGUGAUCAAAGCUCAGGACGGAGGUAAGUCACCUGACUACCCUCUAUUCUCGCUAGCCGUUCUCAAAAUCAGGCUGGAAGACGUCAACGAUAACGCUCCGAAGUUCCCCGUCUCCGAGUACUUGGAGUUUGUGGGUGAAAACGAACCGGUGGGCGCUUUAGUGUUUACGGCAAAAGCCACAGACGCGGACCGCGGAUACUACGGACAACUCAACUACUCUAUUGCCUCGUCGGCCGCCUAUUCGGGAGCCGAAGACUCGUGGAAAAUGUUCAAAGUCGACUCGUCCUCUGGUCUGGUAACUACCAAUGCCGUGUUCGAUUACGAGGCUAGGAGCAGGUACACGUUCACUAUAGUGGCGAGCGAUGCGGCGGGAAAGACCACCCGGGUUCGAGUGAAAAUCGAAAUCGAAGGAAAGGACGAAUUCGCGCCACAAUUCAUCGAGCGGACGUUCAAGUUUAUGAUAAACACGUUCGACCUGCCAGUGGAGUACAUCGUCGGUCACGUGUCGGCGACAGACAGAGACAAAGGCCCUGAAGGCCGGGUAGUGUACCAUUUGACUACUCAAAAUUCGUAUUUCAAAGUGAAUCGCACCACCGGCGCCAUAAUCGUCAAAAAGAAAAUCGACGGUAAUUUCGAUGCGACCCAAGACAUAAGUCUCGUGGUGACGGCGAGCUCGGGUAAACAGGGUUCGUUGACUAACGUGAGCGUCGUGGAGAUAUCGUUCGAUCCGCUGGCUCAGCCUGGUUUGAACAUGGCCAGUAGUUCGAAUGGACAGAACACUGGAUCCUCUUCGAGUGUCGUCGACUGGAUCAUCGGCAUUUUGUCCGUCGUCAUGUUGAUCGUCCUUCUCUUAGGUGGCAUAAUGUUCUACUUCCAUUUGAAAAACAAACAACACCGAAACAUAAAUAAACCCGAACUCAGCGGUCAUCAACGCACGGACAACACGUACGUUGACCCGGGCGCGUUCGACACGAUUCCCAUACGGGGAGUAAGCAACGCGCAAGUUGGCCAAUUCGCACCACCCAAGUACGACGAGAUACCCACGUACCGAAACCACAGCAGCACUAAUUCAGGAGCGGCGACUACAUCCGAUCUGUCCGGAUCUGAGAAGUCUGGAUCCAGCGGCCGGGGUUCCGCCGAAGACGAUGUGGAAGACGAGGAAAUCCGCAUGAUCAACGAGCGGCAAAACGCGGACAACCUAUCCGAAGUGACGGCCCGAAACACUCAAGAGUAUUUGGCCCGUCUGGGAAUCGUCGAUGCUCAAGCGGUGCCCCCGCACUUACCUGAAGAAAACCGGUUGUCGUCGAGACGCAGGCCGAUGGAAAACAUCGACAUGUACGACGAAGACGAGGCGGCCGACGGUGACAUAACCAACAUGAUUUAUGCCAAGCUUAGCGACGUGGGCAGUGAGCGAGGUGGCGGUGGCGGCGGCGGCGAAGAAGACAGCAAAUCGGCAGUUUAUUCUUCCGGCAAAGUACCGCCGCCUCAGCCUUCCAUGGUUGGCUCGCUGAGCUCGAUCGUGCACAGCGAAGAGGAGUUGACCGGCAGUUACAACUGGGACUACCUGUUGGAUUGGGGUCCGCAGUACCAGCCGCUAGCACACGUGUUCAACGAAAUCGCUCGGCUAAAGGACGACGCCAACUCCGUAAAGAGUUCCAAUAGUGCGGCUUCUAAUAGCAAAAGCAAAAAAAUGGUUCCUAAUCAGUCGGCUAAAAGCGGUAACGCGCCACCUCCGCCGCCGCCCCUUCUCACAAGCAUGGCGCCAAGGGCGCUGUCGUCUAGACAGUCCACCUCGUCGUCUCAUCACCACCAGACGCCCAUGCUACUGGUGCCCCGGUCACCCAUUAGCCACGAAUCCAAUCCCGGGUUUAGUCAGUCUGUGGCUAUGUCGCCGUCGUUUUCGCCGUCUUUAUCGCCGCUGGCCAACCGGUCGCCGUCGAUGUCACCUCUACACUCGAAUGCGUCCGCGUCUCACCCCAUUCCUCGACAGAGGCAUCAAACCACCGAGACCGAACUGAGAAUAUGAAGAUGACAGCGGCAAACUAAAAGAGAAGAGGAAACGCCAACUCAGUCGCGGAAACCGACCGACAGCUCAAUAUCCUUUAACGUCUCUUUAACAAAAUCGUUUUUCAAACCUAUCGAAGAACAGUUUGUGGAACUUCAUCGUCAUUAAAAUCUCAAUUUACCAUGUAAUAAAGUAGAUUUAUUUGUAUAAUAUAACCUAGUUUAAUUUGUAACUAAUGUUUUUACGAAAGACUCGAAAAGAAGGUUUUAAAAUCAAAUAUAAUUACUCUCGUUAAGUAAAUUAUAGACAUUUGUGAUAAUUGUACAUUUUUGUUUUAAUAAAUUAUUUAUUUAGAUAAUAUUUUACAUACGUACUGAAUAUUAAGAAAAUAAAUUCUAAGAAUCUUGCCAACCAAUCGGUGUACUAGUAAUAAUUGUUAUAUCGCCGACUGCUAUUAAGCUGACAAAUGCCAUGGUUAAAAAUCAAAUUAAAUUAUAUAUGGAUAGUUUUUAAGUAUAUUAUGUGCAAUGUCGUGUUUGCUCACUUUUCUCUGUUCAAAGAUAUUAAUAUUGUGUGAAUGACUUAAAACCACUACACUAACUAAUCGUGUUAUUGUAUAUUGUAAUGUGAAUGAUGUAAUAAAGACUGUAUAGUAGUUAUUAUUCAACAAAAACUGUUUGAUUCGCCACGAGAGCCACAUUUUUUCCUAUGCAUUUGCAACUCCAUUUUGGAUCGUUGUAGAGUUCAACCGUGAAUAUAUUUUGUAUAGUGUAGUUAUACUUUAGCGUUGUCCAUAUUAUUUAUUUUUGCCAUUAUGUUAAGACUGUGAGAUUUCAUGACUUGUUUGUUUUUCACUUGCCGAUUUUAAAAUAUAUCAUUAAAGCUAAGAUGUACGCCAUAGAUACAUAAAAUUGUAACUAAUUUUACCGUCCGUGUAAAUUGUAUACGUGUGAAUUUGCAAAUUACCAAUUCACUCGCCGGUCUAAUAAUAUGUUUAAUGUUAACUAUGUUUGUAUAAAUAUAAACUGAAUGUUUUCCUUUUAUAAUUUUUAUAUGAACAUCAAAAAGAUUAAAUAAACAAAAGUCAAUACUGA